CUCCAUGCUGUGCGCGUGCGCCGCCUCGCGCACGUCGGAGGAGCUGAGUUGGAGGAUCAUGGCGGAGCGCAGGAGACACAAGAAACGGAUCCAGGAGGUGAGCGAGCCCACCAAGGAGGAGAAAGCAGUGGCCAAGUACCUCCGAUUCAACUGCCCCACCAAGUCCACGAACAUGAUGGGCCACCGAGUCGACUACUUCAUUGCCUCCAAGGCAGUGGACUGUCUGCUGGACUCCAAGUGGGCCAAGGCUAAGAAGGGAGAGGAGGCUCUGUUCACCACCAGAGAGUCUGUGUUGGAUUACUGCAACAGACUUCUAAAGAAGCAGUUCUUCCACCGGGCUCUCAAAGUGAUGAAGAAAAAACCGGAGAAAGACGCCAAGAAAGAGAAAGAGAAGGAGAAAGAGAAGGCCAAAGGCGACAGCAGCAAAGAGGAGGAGAAAAAAGGGAAGAAGGAGAAAGAGAAGAAGAAAGAGUCUGAAGCUGCUGAAACCAAGAAAGAGAAAAGCGAUGACAGUCCUGGAACCCCCAAGAAGAAGAAAGAAGUGAAAAAGAAGUUUAAACUGGAGCCCCACGAGGAUCAGAUGUUCCUGGAUGGAAAUGAGGUUUACGUGUGGAUUUAUGAUCCUGUCCACUUCAAGACGUUUGCCAUGGGGCUGAUCCUCGUCAUCGCAGUGAUCGCAGCCACACUGUUCCCACUGUGGCCAGCAGAAAUGCGUGUAGGAGUUUACUAUCUAAGUGUUGCAGCAGGCUGCUUCGUUGCCAGUAUAUUGCUUCUAGCUGUCGCCCGCUGCAUCCUCUUCCUGAUCAUCUGGCUGGUGACCGGUGGGCGCCAUCACUUCUGGUUCCUCCCCAACUUGACAGCAGACGUUGGUUUCAUCGACUCGUUCCGGCCGCUCUACACUCAUGAGUACAAAGGACCGCGAGCUAGCAACAAGAAGGGCUCUGACAAGACCGACGAGAAGGACAGCGCCGCCUCCACCAAGGCUCAGAAAUCGGACAGCGACGAGAAGUCAGACAGCGAGAAGAAGGACGGCGAUGACGAAGACGAGGAGGAAGAGGAGGAGAGCAAAGAGACAGGGCGAGAGGAGAGUAAAGAAGCUGAGGGGGAGGGAACGGGGCCGGACCGCCACUCGGACACAGACAGCGACCGGCGUGAGGACGAAGGCUCGCAACACAGCAACGGAAACGACUUUGAGAUGAUCACCAGAGAAGAGCUGGAACAGCACACGGAGGAGGAAGAGGAGGAGGAGGAAGACCAGGAAACGCAAGAGAGUAAAGAAGAGGGUGGGAGUGAGACUAAAGCCCAGACUGCUGAAACAUAAACUUCUUACAAUCCCAUCACUCUCUACUUUUCUCUCUCUGUCCUUCCCUCCCUCCCUCCUGUGAUGCAGGACCUGAUAGUCCGGCCUCUCUGAGCCCGCUGAGGCCGAGGAGAGCCUCCAUCUCUUCUUGUUGAGAUCUUCCACUAAAACAGCACCGAUAGACCAGAACCAGGAUAGACACAACCCUGAAAAGUUAACGGCUAUGACAAUGGGGGGAAAAAAAUUUAAAAAAAAAAAAAAAAAAAACAAAUAGAAGAAGCCUUACGGUGGAUCUGAUUCCUCCCACCCAAAUGUUAUUUAUGUUCAAAUGAAAACUGCCACCAGACGUUUGCCUGAGGAAGUUGUCAACAAAAUCCCAUCAGACCAACAACAUCUUUUUUUUCUUUUUCUCCUUUUCUUCAUUUCUCAUGUCAAGAAGUUGCUUUUUUCUUUGUGUCAUUUCAGCUCAAAAUGUUUUUAUUUAUGUCCACAGUCUUUAAUUUCAUUUGGAUGUUUUGUAAGUGAGGUCAAAUGAGUGAGAGCUAUCAAGCUAAACUGACCCAAAAGAGAAGACGUGCUACUUUGUCCGAAUCCGAAUCCUCGUCCAUGUUGUUGGUACAAUCAUGACAGUUCUGGAGAAAGCCUGAAAGCCCCUUUUCUUUCUGUUGUUCUGGUGAUCAGUCUAUUGCAGGAGCACGCUUCACAUCCUGUUGAAUGCCAUUGGGUCUGAUAGCUUUCUCAGGCAGCACCUUAAGCAAACUAACAUGCGUGUCUGCUUUGAAACGAAGCCGGGUGGACCAAAUCCUGUAGUUUACUACAAAAAAAAAAAAAAACAUUGCGGCUGGGUAAAGAAUUUGGAGAACAGAGUAGUACGGCUCUUUGAGGUACUUGCCAUUGUCAGUAAUAAAACUUUUUUUUAAGAAAUGGCUGAUGAUCUUAGUGCAAUCCUCUCACAUUUUAUGUUUAAUAAUGUGGGACUCAUCUUUAGGAUUAAAUGUGAGCAACUGGGACACAGCUGGCGCACUUAAUUUUCUUUUUUAAAAAACAAUUGCAGCAUUUGUUGUACAACUAAAGCUAGAAGAUAUAAGAUCGAAGAUUUAUUUGCAACAGAACUAGAUUAAAAGUGAAGCAAACUCUAGUGCCAAACACAACUAAUAAUGAUGUUAUGCAUGCUGACUUAACAUGGAGUGUGAGAGCGAGGGGUACAUUUUGUUAAUUCGUUGAUCAUUUUGUAACUGCAAUGUCCUGCUCCUCAAAAUUUUCACAUCUUUGACAACAUAAAGAGAAGGAAAAAAAGCACAGCAUAAGGUUGUUGAUGUCUAGCUAAAUAAAUAUUUUUGGUCUCAAUGAAACCGUUUAAAAGGUGUUCGCACUAGACUCUCAUCCAAACCAGUCCUGUCUAGUCUCGCACAAGCUGUCACAUGUGAAAAUAGUGGGCGUUGUUCAUGAAUCCAGCUCCGCCGGCCGGUACAAGCUCGACAGUUUCGUUCCCAAUCGGAGCCCAGUACCCGCCGGCCGUGGUCCAAGCUGUUCUUUCACAUUAUCUUGUGGCUAGAAAAUGUCUUAGAUGCUCUUUAGUCAUAGCGAGGAUUAUAUUUAAGUAUAAAAAAUAGAAAUGUAUCAUUUAUAUAUGGAUUCUAUUGAUAUAUCAAAUAUAUACAUACAAUAAUUAGUCUAUAAAACAGCUUUUUCUCUCCUUUUCUUUUGUAUUGGGAAUAAUAAUUAUACCUCCUAAGUGUUUAUAAUGCUAAUUUUUGUUUUUAUACGAUCAUCAAGAGUGUACUCAUUAUUUAAAAAGGUAACAUCUGGGAUUAGAAAACUGCGGGAAUUUAUUAGAUAUCAGCAUCUUUGUUUAUUUUGUUGGGUUUUUUUUAUACUUGCCACAGUAACAUUGAAUGUGUGACCUGGUUGGUUUGUUGUGCGCUGCCACAUCUGUAUUUCUCUCACUAACAACAGUCAGUCGUUAAACUGACGUUAUAAAACCAGUGGCUUGUGCAACACUGAGAGAAACCUGCCAUUUCCCACAUAAUCUGACGUGGCAAAAACAAUAUUUUAAUAUAUUCCAUACAGUUGUCCUUUUGCUUUGCCUAAAAAUGAACUCAUCUCUCGGAUUCAGUCAUUUGUUCUCCUGUAAUCCCUCUGAGGUUUGUAGCUCUUUGACUUUCUAACUCAGACACCACCAUGUUGUUGCUCUUGUUUGUUUUCUACUUUGGUUCUUUUGUUUGUUUUUUUUCUCCCCAAACGGGCAAAGUGCAUCUCUGUGUCCGAGUUGCCAAUCACUCAAUAUUGGCAAAACCAUUUCACAAAAGAGAGAAAAUAAAUUAUUCUCCCAAUUGUUCUUGACUGUUGCACAGUAUCGGUCUGUUGUAUAUUGUAGUAUUAUUACUCUCUAUGCUGCUGCUUCUCAUCGCACAUUUCUGGGGGAAAUAAAAGUGAAACUGUAAAACAUCCGUGUUUUAUCUCCGGUCAAAAACUGUCUUUUGAUCACCUAGUUGUCCACAUUUGGAUCAGUGUCAUUCUGAAGACUGUCUCAUGCAAUAUUGGAGUAUAAUUUAAUAAAAUUGGAUGUCUGGAAAUAUAUCUGUAUCUUAUCAUUGCAAUAAAAAUAUAGAAAGCA